UGGACGAACGAUAAGGAACUCUUUUGGCAAGCUUCAAUGGUGCCACGUAUCUCUGAGUACCCUUACAAUCACAAACCGAAGGUGGCUUUCAUGUUCUUAACCAGGGGAAGGUUGCCAUUGGCUCCACUAUGGGAGAGGUUCUUCAAAGGGCAUAAAGGUCUCUACUCAAUCUACCUUCAUACAUCGCCAGAAUUCCCUCAGGAGCCCCCAGAAUCCUCUGUAUUUCACAGGCGUCGAAUUCCAAGCAAGGCAGUUCAAUGGGGGAAGGCAACGAUGAUCGACGCUGAAAGGAGGUUAUUAGCCAACGCCUUGCUUGACUUCUCCAAUGAAAGAUUUGUAGUACUCUCUGAAACAUGCAUUCCUCUGUUCAACUUCACCACAAUCUACAACUACCUAAUCAAAUCCAACCUCAGCUUCGUCGGCUCAUUUGAUGAUCCAAGACACAUUGGUCGUGGCAGAUAUAACAAGCGAAUGUUUCCAACCGUAUCAUUAUCCGACUGGCGUAAGGGCAGCCAGUGGUUUGAAAUCCAUCAGAAGAUUGCCAUCGAAGUAGUAUCAGAUGUGAAAUUCUACCCUGUGUUCAAUGACCAUUGCAAGGCUCCAUGUUACAUGGAUGAGCAUUACUUGCCAACUCUUGUGACCAAACUUUACCUUGCCAUAAACUCUAAUACAAGUAUUACUUGGGUGGAUUGGUCAAGAGGAGGCGCACAUCCAACCAAGUUCGUGAGAAAAGACGUGUCAGAAGAAUUUCUGAACAGAAUUAGGUAUGGUUUUAAUUGCACAUACAAUGGUGAGUUGAGCAAUGUUUGCUUCCUUUUUGCAAGAAAAUUUCAUCCCAGAACACUCAAGCCUCUGCUAAAGUUAGCUGCAACACUAUUUGGUUUUGAUCCUUAA